AUGUCUGAUCCUGAUGGAGCUGCCGGACUCAGAGGAGCAGCUUUCCCUCCCCUGGCUCUGCCUCCUUCCCUGUAUUACCACGGAGAGGCUGAAUACACCCCUCAGGCCAUCAGGGAGCCAGCUCAGCCAAAGGAGCGGGAAGAUGAGGGUGGGAGCGAGCGCGAUGGAGAGGAGCAGCCGAGCAGAACAGAGCCACACAUCUGUAGCACUGCACUGUCAACUCCACAGCACUCCAGAGGCGCAUGGCUGAAGCGGGAAGCACUGAGCGUCAUCUGUCUUUUCACUCUGAGUGGCCUGCAGUCACAGCGGCCACAGCAGCCCGGCAGAGCAAGGAGCCAGCGGAGAGGGACAGUGUGUUUACUCAGACAGCUGCAGUACGGCAGGAGCACCAGCCUCAUGAGGAGUCAUGUAGAGGAACCAGGAGCAGGGUCCAGAUGGCACAAGAGUCUGCAGUGA